AAAAUAUAAAAGAAAAACAAAGGCUUUGUUUCUUUCUCUAUACCCUGUGGUAUCAAACAAUAGAAGAACAUCAUAUUGAGAAUCAAUUCGAUCGCUCGUUCCCUGGGGUUGUCAACAAAUUUGAUUCUUCGAAAAUCCAUUUUGGGGUAUUUAAAAAUUUAAUUUUUAAGUGUUUUUAUGGUCCAAGUUUUUGAUAAACAACUAGGAAUAUACCUAGAUGAUCAAGAAGUUCAAUGGUAGUUAUUGAUUUUGAAGGUUGGAUAGAUAACUGUGCAAUUCAUUUCUGGGUUUUUCUGGGUUUUGUGAGUAGUUUGAUGGGUCGAAGUUGGAUUUUUGAAUUGUGAGUGAUAUGUUGGAUUUUAGGAUAGGUGGUAAAAGGGGGGCUAGGGUUAGGGUUUUGUGUUGAAAGGUUUGAAAUUUGGGGUUAGGUUCUAUUUAUGAGUUGGGGAAGUAGUAGGGUUCAGAUGAUGGAAGAACAUGACCUUGAAGAAGGGGAAGCAUGUUAUUACAACAAGGAUGAUGAUGAUACAAGCUUUGACCCUGAUAUAGCACUCUCUUACAUUGAUGAGAAACUUCAAAGUGUCCUGGGUCAUUUUCAGAAAGAUUUUGAAGGAGGUGUUUCUGCCGAGAAUUUGGGGGCAAAAUUUGGUGGUUAUGGUUCGUUUUUACCGACUUAUCAACGCUCCCCUUCAAUUCUACCUCAGCCAAGAACUCCACAGAUAUCUCAAAAUCAAGGCACAUCUAGAUCACCCAGCCAUUUCGCCUCCGAGGGAGCUCCUCAGAACCCAACGUCUGUGUCUGGUCUUCCUUCGACUAGGAAGAAUGGUACAGCUGCUUCCCGUGGUGGUCAUACCUUGCAUGAUUCAAGGGUUCCUUUUGGGGGUGAUACCACAAGACAAGAUUCAUCUGCUCAAGAAUCUAAUAAGUUCCCUGCAAAACAUGAAGUUUCUAUGAUUAAGUCACUUAAUCCAACCGAUCAGAGAACACUCAAACUUCGGAUUAGAGUUGGUUCUGAUAAGACAGCUCAGAAGAGUACUGCUUUGCACACUAGUCUUGGACUUAUCUCUCCCUCUUCAUCGAUGGAAAAUAGUCCUACUGAGAGUGGUGAGAUGUUGGCCAAGGUUGAAGAAAGUCAUAGUGAUUCUCCAGCCAACAUCCUUCAGACUAUGACUUCUUUCCCAGUUGCUGGAAAUGUGCUGCUUUCACCUCUCAAUGAGAAGUUUUUGACUUUGUCAAGAAAUGAAAAACCUUUCGCAGAGAAUGAGCAUGUGUCUGUUGCAAAGGAUACUAACCCUCAAUCUGUCAUGUCUGCCAAUAGUUCAACUUCCAGGCUGGAAGAUGGAGAUGUCUUGAUCAGAAAGAAAAGUAAAUCAGUUGGUUUAAGUGAAUAUGUUGAGGAACUGAAUUCAGAGGUCAGAAAUGACACGAUGUCCUUGUUAAAGAAAAACUCGGGAAUUGAGAGCUUGAAAAACAGGCAUUGCUUUUCAAAUGACCUUAAUCAGAGAGUUGUACAUGAUUUAGUAUGUGAUACUCAUGAAUCAGUGAAAGGUGCUGGUGGUGCACCUGAAGCUAUAAAAGCCUCAGAGAAGGAAGUUCCUCUGAAGAAAAGGGAGAUCAAUAGACUUAAAGAUCAACUGUUUGGUAGUGAUUUGGAUAAGGAUGACUCGUUAGAAUCAUUAUCUGACCUAAGUGGUGACAAAUAUGAUCACCAGGAAGUAAGAAGUAGAUCGGUGGAACUCCAGUUAGAAAGCUUUCAGAGAAAUGCUUCUUUUGAUAUCAAGGAAGGUGGCAUGAGCAAAUACAGCAGAUCCGUUCCUUCAUUUAGAGCUAAUUCUAAUAUAUCUGAGAGUGAGAGGGAUUCUAGUGGGGCUGCCUCUCUGAGAAAGAAAGCUGUUAAGCAAGCUGCAACCCAUAAACUUGACCAACCAAGGAUACCUCACACUGAGAAGCAAUCAUCUGAAGGCAAAAAGAAAUUAACAGAACAUCAACCUGGUUUGAAGCCUGCUGCAGAUAUGGUAGAGGUAAGAGGGGUUUCUACUACCCUCAAGAACAAGAAGAGUUCUAUGAAGGAUGUACGGGUGGCUCAUGUAUUUGAUGCACAGUUGAAAAAACCCACAAAUCAACUGGGUAGACCUCCAGGUGAUAAGUUGAAGAAAUCUAAACUAGAGGCACGUAAAGGACAGCAUUCAUCUUCUUCUAAAUCAAGACAGGUCCCAUGCAAAAAAGCUGAUAGUCAUGUGGCAUGUGCGACCCCUAUGAAGGAUCCUUCAGCCAUGGGCAUACAUGAUGUGAAAGAGCUGACCUCUGGAGCUGAGCCACCAGUUGCUCCUGUCUUUAUUGAAGAAGAUUGGGUUGCCUGUGAUAAAUGUGAGAGGUGGCGUCUUCUUCCAUAUGGUACAAAACCUGCGCAACUGCCUGAGAGGUGGAUAUGCAGUAUGUUAUACUGGCUGCCUGGAAUGAACCGUUGUGACAUUAGUGAGGAGGAGACUACAAGAGCUCUGCAUGCCUUAUACCAAAUGCCCCUGCCUGAUAACCUAAAUAGCCUUCAAAAUCAUACUGGUAGAAGUGCGGUAGGAGUAGUUUCAGCUGAUAUGCAUGGUCUCGGUGGUAGCAGUCAGAACGCGGGUUUCGAUUACAUGGCUAAUGGAGGAAAGAAGAAACAUAAAAACACAAGCAGCAAUCAUGGUCCAAUGUUGACCACAAACUCAAACUUGCCAUCUGAGCUGGUCAAAAACAGAAGUUUUAAGAAUGUGAACCAACCUGUUGCUGAAUCGAACUCAAUUAGCAAAUCCAAUGCACAGAUUCCAGUUAAGUCGUCUGAUGUCCUUGGCAAACAAUUGAACAAACUGACGGAGCGCAUGGCUAAUGGUGAUGAAAAUCCAAAAAAGAAAUCCAAGAGGGAGUCCGAUCAAUAUGAUCGCAGGGAUUUGAAAAAGUUAAAAAUCAAAAGUGACCAAGCUUUUGUGGCAACUAGGGGAGUUGUGACCGGUACCCAGGACUACCAUGAACAUGGCAAUUUGAAGGAUACAAAGCCUGGAUUGACAGAAAGGGUACAAAUAUUGGAAAAGAAGCAUGGCAACCGAGUCCAGGAUUCAAGGGAUAGUGACUUGAUUGACAUUAAAACUAAUAUCAGAAGAGAAAUUUCUAUAAAGAAAAGAAAAUUGAGGGAUCAAGACUAUUUAAUGGAUUCACAAAGUAAAGGUAAUCUCUUGGGUGACAGCGAUGUCAAUGCUAUUGUGGGGAAGGCUAGUGGUGAGAGUGGUUUCAGGAAACAGAAGAAACCCAAGGUAUUUCAUUCUGAAAAAAAGGAGCCCAGUACAAGCAAGGGUGAGGAGAAAUCAUCAAGAACAAGAGGUGCAGUUACCAGAAUUGUUCUACCAGGAACCAGGGAUUUUCCUAUAGAUAGAAGUGUAGAGAGAGAACAUCAGACAAUGAAGUAUCGAGUGAAGGUUCAGUCUCGGUUGACGAUGGAAGAUAUUGAUUCAUUGAAAAAGGACUUGGGAUCUGAACAGUUACCAGUGGCUGCCACUUCAAGCUCGUCAAAAGUUUCUGAUUCUCGGAAAUGUAGAGCGAAUCACCAAGUGAAAGGCUCUCCUGUUGGGUCUGUUUCCUCAUCUCCCAUGAGGAUGCUCAUCAUGAGCAACGCUUCACCUGCAAGAAUGGAGAGUUCAGGGAAAGAUGAUGCUAAAUUGGAUGACAUUGGAAGUCCAAGAAAAUAUUUGGAUAGGGAUGGCGAUUUUGAGAGUGAUAAAUCUAGGGUCUUGAUAAAGGGGAAAAGACCAGGUAUUCCUCAUUCGGAGGUUUGUGAAAAUUUUGUGCUAGAUUUUCAGGGUAAUGAUGCCAGGGAAAAAAUUGAAUCGUCUGGUAUACAUUCUUCCGACCUUGGAAAUAGCCAUAUGUGUAAUAAUAAUGUUGAUGUUCCGGAGAAAUGUAGCCCUUACAUGCCUGAAAAGCGUGCUGCAUAUUGCUCUGAUGGCAAGGGUAGAUUGAGCAAGAAACACGUUUCUGUGCUUAACGAAUAUAAAUCUGCCAAAGAUCCUCCUUUGCAAUUUAAGGAGAAAGACUGGAAUACUGGAUUUAAUACUCAAAGGUUAGAAGAGAACAUAUCGGAUCAACUAGGCAGCAAGGAAGUCCUGAAUUCAAAGAUUGACCCUAAUAAUCUUGAUUCUAGUACUAAAUCUUUCAAAAACAAUCAGAAAGUCAGCAAGAAAGAUCCCACACAUUGUAGUGACGGCAGUAGAGAGCUUCGACUGAAGCAUGAUGGUGUUGGGUCAACCACAAAGUUGAAUAGUGUAUAUGACUUGGAAGGAAAAGUUCUUACAAAGGAAAAACUUCAUCAGGAAAGUGAUGCUCGAUUUGCAAUGAAUGGUAGAUCAAUUCAGACAGAAUCCAGGGACCUAAGGUCACAAGUUGGUGCACAUGCUGAAGAUAAAUUAGGCACAUCAGUUAUUAAGAGCAAACCUGCUUCAGGUGCCCAGAAAGGAAGUUUUAAAAAUGUAGGGAUGGUGAAUUCUUCUGUAAGUGCCAGAGUGUCAACGAUACUAAAAGAUCCUGGCAUUGGUGUGUGUCAAAACGCAAGUCACAACAGUAUGGGCCGGUUGGAGUCUGAUCAUUGUGCAGUGCAGGAACCCAGUGCUCCUACCCCCUCAAAAAGAGAGUCCUCCAGUCAGACUGCUUCUAUUAUCUUGGCAGAAGCUGAAAAGCUUAGAGAUACUGCUGAUCGUCUUAAGAACUCUGGAUUUCAUGCCGACUACAAUCAUGGCUAUUUCCAAGCGGCAUUACUGUUUCUUCAGGGUGCUUCACAUUUCGAAAGCUCAAAUGGGGAAAGUAGCAAAUCCAGAGAGAUGAAUCAAAUACAAAUCUAUAGUAAUGCAGCCAAACUUUGCGAAGCUUGUGCACUUGAAUACGAGAAGCAUGAUGAAACUGCCACGGCUGCUUUGGCCUAUAAGUGCAUGGAGGUUGCAUACAUGAGGGUGGUAAACUGCAAAAGUAUGAGUUCAAGUAGAAUUUGGCAUGAUCUGCAUGCAAAUUUGCAAGUUCCCCCUCAAGGUGAAUCUCCUUCAUCUUCCGCAUCUGAUGUUGAUAAUACGAACAAUCUAACAGUGGCAGAGAAGACUGUUUUAUCAAAAAACAGUGGUUCUCAUUCUGGAAAUCAUGUUAUUGCUCCUCGAAACCGUCCUAGUCUUGUUCGUCUGCUUGACUUUACAAAGGAUGUAAAUUCUGCAAUGGAGGCAUCUAGAAAAGCACAGAUUGCUUUUGCAGCUGCCACAAACGUUGGAGAGGCAGAGAAUAAGGACGCUUUCAUUUCAGUUAAACGGGUUAUUGACUUCAGUUUCCAGGAUGUAGAGGAGCUAAUACGGUUGGUGAGGCAAGCUAUCGAGGCAAUUAACCAUAAUGGUUUCGGUGGCAGUAGAGGUUAAAUCAACCAUGUAAUUUAUGUGGUUCUCCAUUCACAAGCAGGCCCUUGUAUAUGGGAAGGAAGUGAGGACCUGCGUUGCAAUUUAGUGAAGAGGCAUACUGUUAAGUGUGUUAUAUUCCUGUACAUGUGUACAAAGUGGGAUUGAUUUGCUAUUUCAUGAAAUUUUGAGAAUUCAACUUUUUGGUAUAUGAUAAGGGCACAGAUGAUCAACCUUAAAAUUUACAGGCUGGGGAUGAGGUGUAUAAAGUUUCAACUCUUCAAGGAAAAGAUUCGGAGUUCAGUUGAGAUCCAAUUUUGAAUAUUAGGGUCUUUUGGUUGGGAAUAGAGAAAAAUAGGAGUUCGGAUAUUGAGAACAUUAGUUGACAUAUCUAAGUAGACAUGAGUUUCAAUGUAGUCCCAAUGUUUCAUCCUUUACUAGAGGACUUUGAUCCUUGGGUUGCCGUAUAUAACUUCAUUUUUCCUAAUGGAACAUAAGGCACAAUUUUGGUGGAGGAAUUUAGUGGAAUUACUAUGUUAUCCGCCAUUAUUUCUUUUUACUCCUUUCUCUUUAAAUUUUUUAUGUGGUGAAAAUAUAUAGAAAAAAGUCACUGAUUCUGCCUCACAAAAGAAGAGAAAAAAGAGGGGAGGUCGUUACAGAAUUGCAUCUUUUGGUAAAUAACGGAUUGGAAAACACGGAGUUGAUUACUUAAUUCUGCAUGCCUAUAAUCAUCUUAUCAGCUUUUGAUCUCUUUUCUAAAUGAACCAAGAAAGUUGGGUGUGUGGGUCAAUUCUUUUGACAGCUUGGUAUCCGUUGGAUCUGUUGAUCUUAAAAGAACGCGCUGCAGAAGAACUUGGAAGCAUAUGAAAUCUGUUUAGUACAGUAAAUGAUAUGGGAAAUAUGCUCCUCCUGGGACACAGUCAAACCUGGUUGCUCCUUGUGUUCCAGAAAGGCAUGCCAGGUAAGUCUAUUACCCGUGGUUUUUUACUCUUUAUAGAUGUUGUGUUUCAAGUUUGUAGCCUGCUUAGAUAACAAUAAACAAUUGAAUCUGUGUUGCGUGCCGGUAAAAGCUUUCUUCAUCGAUGACUGACCGCAAAUGCAUUAUUUUUGAGAAGGGAUUUUUUUUUCCAGAAGGUUCACACCAAAUGCGUCAUUAUUUUAUUCAGGUACCUAUAGCCAUAUUGGGCUUAGUUUUGUUGUCUUCCAGUCUUUGUAACUUUGUCAUUAUAUAUAAUUGGUCCAACCCGGACCAAGUUCAGAUUUUUUUUUUUAGUUAUAUUUCUGACUUGAUAGUGGUGUAUUUAGAUGUCGAGUGGCGAUCUAUAGUUGUGUUAAUAACUCUUGUUCUUUGUCUAAUUAUUCUCGAUGCAACAAAUUUAAAACAGAUCAAUAUGCCUAGUCAAAACUGUUUUUAGCAUGUAAGAAUAGAAGUUAGGGAUGCUAGUUUGUUAUAUAUCAAUCUCUCCUCAGUAGCUUUUGUUUUUGGAUUUGAUCUAGUUUUGAUAUUCCAUUUGAGCGUUCAGUUUUGAGGGAAAAUGAGAGAAUUUUGGUGUUCGCUAACUGAUAACCUUCUAUGAACGAGUUGAUGGUUAGGCAUAUUUUGCUCAAGUACUGAUAAAAUUAUGCAAUGCAGCAUUCUCUCUCAACUACUGAUAUAAUUAUAGUUAUCUGCACGACAGUUUUUUCCUUUAGUAUUAUGAAAAUAAAUCCAUCUUGGAUGACAGUAUUUGUCGGAAGAGGGGGUGGGGUCAGAUCACUCCUGUCAACUCUAGUCUGUAAAACUUGCUUACUUCUAUGAUGUCCUUGUUCUAAUGCCCGGUUACGUGGAGGAAAGAUAAGAAGCUCCAAGGUAGUGGGAAUGGUGACAGUUAUAACCCCAGAUAUUUACCUUGUAAAAGGGGACGUUGUGGUUGCCCUUUAAUUGUCUGUGCACUGGGAAUCUGCAUGACUAAAUAUGGCUUUGCUUGUGAAAUGGUUUUGGAGAAUCAUUUUUGAAGUGAGUUCUUUGUGGCAUAUAGUAGUAUUGGGCAGAUACGGUAAUAGAAAUAGGAUGAUUGGUGAGACUAUUAUAUUCUGUUCACUUCCUGUUGAUGUAGUCGUCAUAUUACAGUGUCCAAGAUAGUGAAGGAUACUGUGGAGGGGAGAUGAUUAACUGUAAGGUGAACAGGAAACUGCUGAUUUACUGCCUCAGUUUCUUUGCAUGAGAUUUUGCUUGGCUUACUGGAGAUGACCUGGUGCAGAGUCUCAAAUUUAGAAGAGAAGGAUUAUUGUCAACUUUUCUGCUGUGUUAAAGGAGAUGUCACUUUUAUGACUAGCACAUGUCAACUGAGUCAUGCUGGAGCAUAUUGCUGUGCUGCUCUUUGCUUGACAAGGCUUGGAAGAGAACAGAACUUCUGCGGGAAUUCGUCACAUAUCUGCAUAUUUUAGUGUUAGAACAACACUUUAUGGCUCUGUUUGGCUGGGGUUGGUCUAUAGAGGCCGUUUUUUCCCCUUGAAGAAGCAACUGUUUAGUCCAUCAAUCACAUGUAAUUAGACAAUUGACAUUCCCAUAUGGAAAUGUGACAGCCAGAUCGAAGUUCGGACACAACUGGGGAUGUUAACUUGUAGCAUAUAUCGGACUGCUUGAUUUUAGUUUUAGUUUUGUAAUUGUAGCUUUUGCACAUUUGUAAACGUCAGUAAUUCGAUUAACAUCAGGAAUUCAAUAGUGUUAUAGCUGUAACAUGUAAGAGUUGUUUUUUUUUUUUGAAAAAAGCUCUGAUAAUCCUUCUU